AGUACGUGUGGCAGGGCUAGGCAAAUGGAAAGUGAGAAAUCAUGAAUCAUCACAGACAGACAGAAAGAAGCUCGCUUAAAAACGUUAGUCCUUAUUCAUUCGUCUAUUAGCUGACAACCGUUCAUGGUAAUAAAAAAAAGUUCUGCACGAUUCAGAUCUAUCCAUCAUCAUAACUCCUCUCUCUCUCAGCCGAAUUAAUUGAUAAGCCAGCAAAGGUAAACAAAUCAAUAAUUACAACGUUAGAUACAUUUCACUUGUUUUUGAAAGAUGGCUGAUGCACAUUUCGGGUUUGCAUCUGACAACGGAGUGCUGCCUGUCGAGGUGGACCCAGCUGCAGCUUUCUUAGCUCAGCAAGAAAGCGAAAUAGCGGUGAUCGAGAAUAACGAGUCCGGCGUCGGGGCUUUGCAGAGAUCCGCUGAGCAGCAGCCGGCGGCCGAUUCACCUGUACAAUAUGGUAAAUGGCUAACUAUGCUAACCUAUGACUGGUGGUUCUUACGUCUCUUGCCUGGUCCUGGUUCCCCCCCCCACCCCCAGGAGUCCAACGGUCCAUCGGACAGCUAUGCGGCCAUCGCCCAGGUGGACUCUCUGAGAGCAGAGCCUGAGAGCCUGCGUAAGUGGAGGGAGGAGCAGAAGGCACGGCUGGAGCAACUAGACUCUGCAUCCAAGGCAGCGGAGGCUGACUGGAAAGAGAAGGCCAAGAAAGAGCUGGAGGACUGGCAUGUGCACCAGAUUGAACAGAUGGAGAAGAAAAAGUCCAACAACAGGUCAUCUGAAGAGGCCUUCCUGUCUGAGGCUGACGGCGACAGCCCAGGGACUGAGUGGGAGAGGGUGGCCUGUCUCUGUGACUUCAACCCCAAGACCAACAGGGCGGCCAAGGACGUGUCCCGGAUGCGCUCGGUCCUCAUAGCCCUCAAACAGACACCUCUGGUGCGCUAGUACGGCCAAUAGAACAGAAGAAGGGUGGUGAUAUUUCCCUCCUUUAAAAAAUAAAUUAAACGCCUAUUCUUGAGUUAUGAACCUUGGUUUGCAUUAAGGCAGAAUGUUCUAGGCUCUUUUCAUAUCUAUUCUUGAGUUAUGAACCUUGGUUUGCAUUAAGGCAGAAUGUUCUAGGCUCUUUUCAUAUCUAUUCUUGGUUCAGGGUUAUAUAUGUUCAGACCCUCCUGUUUUCUGUCAUGUCUGUAACAUGUGGAGAGGAAAGGUAUUGUCUCUCCCGCCAUCUUUCUUUAUUCUGCUGUAUCCAGUGGUACCUCACUACCUUAACAUGGAACGACUGACUGCUCUCUGUCUUUUUUAACUUCCCAUCAACAAUGCUUCUAUUUGACCGUUAAGAAAAUAUGGUUACUGUAAAUUCUUUAUUAAACUUCUUCCCUCUCAUAAAAGGGAUUGGGUCAAACCUCU